AUGCCUGCGAAAUCUGAUUGUAAUGCUACAAAAGCACUCGUUUUCACACCAGAACUCCCAAUAAUCAAAACAAUUUCAUAUUUUGCAUCUGAAACUUACGAUAUUUCAUUGAUUAUUCUUCUAUGUAUUUUAUUCUUUGGGUUUGUUUUACAAAUCUUCCAUCUAUUUAUUUUAUCUCGGAAAAAUAUGGCACAUUUAAUGAUGCUCAAACCAUUGCUCAUUUUAAUGAUUUCAGCAAUUUUUCUAUCAAUUGUAUCUUUUAUCAAAUAUUUCAUUGAAUUCUUGGCUGACACAAUUUGUGGUGUUGAAUAUUCAUACAUCAAUAAUCUUUUCGAACUUAUAAAUAUAAUUGUUUUCACAAUUUCACAUGAAGCAAUCAUUCGAUGUGUUAUUUUUAUAACAUUGACCAGAGUUAAUAUAGUUAUUGAAACUCGUUAUUCUCGAAAGUACCGUAUCCCUGAAAAACUAUUGUUUUGGUUCACAAUUAUUUCCGUUGUUUUGGUUUUUGUUAAUCAAGUCGUACGAAUUUUUGCGAGAGAAAUUGAUGAAAUUUUAGAUGCAGAAUCGUAUUCUGAAAUUUAUCGACAAUAUUCACAAAAUAAGUGAGGUAGCAAAUUGUUUUCAAACUUUUUUUUGUAUUUUUUUAGCUGCACAAUAACUGCAAACACUAGAUUGUGGAGAAUUCAUAUCAAAACUAUUGAAUGCGAAUUAACGAGAUUGAGAUCAAUUGUGAGUACUGUAGCUGGAGAGGUAAGCUUGAACUUAGAUAUGUUUUUAUGUACAUAUCUAUGCUUUUUUAAGAUAAUCCCAUGUAUUAUCCUUCUUGUCUCCACAAUUUUUCUUUCUCUCGAAGUUCGUCGAAUUGCCGAAAAUGAUCCAAAUUCUGAAAAAAAGAAAAAAUCAGGUCAAAAUGUUCGAGCAUUGAUUAUUUUUCUGAUUUUAUUUUUUCUAUCUGAAAUUCCUCUUGCAAUUAUUUAUGGAAUUGGGAUGAUUAGCACCGCUGAUUUCUCGUAAGUUCUACACUUUCCAUUCAAGAAAUCAAAGAAUUAUGUGUUUUUUGCAGAGCAAUUGAUGUAAUGUAUGUGCAAGAGGAUUGUUUCAUUUUUUUGAAUUUGAAUAUUGGUAUUUUUGUGUAUUGCACAAUGUCUUCUUUGUAUCGGGAUACUGUAGCGAUGGUUUUUGGCGCCAAAAGUCAGAAUAUUCUCGAAGUUCAAAGACAACAGGUAUAUACUUUUUUGAAAUCACAUAAAACUUAAAAUAUUUUCAGUCAAAAGCAGUUCGAAAUUAA